GUUGUCCCUGUAUCCAAGGCUUCUUCUGUGUGUUCUCACCCUUCUGGUUCCAAAUCUCAAGGACAUAUCAAGGUUCAUUUACGGAAUCCAUGGCAUCAAAGUUUCCUCAGUUGCAGUCAAAGCUGGUCCAGGUGUCAAACUUAUUAGCCAAGAAUGGAAAUACAUAUUACAAGCAGAUGAUGGAAAAGAACAAGGGCUAUAUCCAGGAGCCACCCACCAUCGAGAACUGUCAAACAUUAGCAAAGCAACUGUUCUAUACUCGUCUUGCCAGUAUCCCUAGUCGCUAUGAAGCAUUCUGGAAGGAACUUAACGGUCUCAAGGACGUUUUGAAAACCACACGGGAGAUGAAUGUGGAGAAAGCUGGCGUUGUUGCUCUUUUUGGGGUCGAGUGCUUUGCUUGGUUCUGGACUGGUGAGAUUGUAGGAAGGGGUUGGACAAUCACAGGCUAUUAUGUUUGAGUGACGCUGUAUUAGUACUAAAUCUUUUAGUUUAGUUAUUGGACAUUACUACAUGCAUGAGACCUUCGUCAUAAAUUUUGGUUUACUAUGGAAAUUUUGUAUCGCUGGAGUUGAACCUGGGAAAGUCAGCAUAAUCAUCGGUUAAAAAUAAUCGGUAUGGCUUUCUAUUUGCUUCUGGAAUUAUUGACCCUGGUUCAUCAUGUCUCCUGUGUUCUGGUAUUUGGCUUUUAGCAUUUCGUUUAUUAUUAAUCCAACAGAACAUAUAUAAUUGUUUUCC